UAGCAACGGGUCCGUAUACAUAGCAACGAAUAAACACGUGGAGAAGUCCUUUUUCGCUGGUUUAUGGAUCUAGAUUCAAUGGCAACAUCGACUAGAAGACAGCCGGUGGCCCAGGGAGGAGGCCUCUUCUCCACGCCAAAACCGUCAUUCAGCAAAGAGACUCAGGACCUACUGAAAUUGAUGAUGCAGGAAUCAAAGCUUACUAAUUUUCAGCAGAGAAAACUCAGAGAGAGCAUGAUGGAUGGUCAGGCUUUGCCAGCCAACUGUCCUCCCACAUCUAGCAGUCCAGGUGCUAGUGGUAGAGCAGCCAGAGCCUCUGGUAAGAAGACAACACCCAGAUCAGCACAGGGUUGUCUACGAAGCAAGGAGAUGAUCCAAAAACUGGCAGCCAAUGACUCUGGCAGCAGCUACAGACCUCCACCAAAUAGUAAGACAGUGGGAGAGUGUGUGGGCAGGUAAAUAUAACAUGAUUUCUCCACAGAGUAUGACACAACUAGAGAGAAGGAGAGGCUGCAGAAUCUGAUGACCUACGGCAGGGGCGAUCCAGAGCCAACCUCUGGAGUGAAACAGUCAGUGAAUGAACGUCAAGUGGAAGACGAAGACAGAGACAGGUUUGAAGAAGUUCUGGAGGAGAUUGAGGAAAGGCGGAAGUUUCUUUCGGACAUGGAGGCACUUGGACAGGGGAAGGAACACCAUGGCCAGAUCAUGACUGAAAUUUCUCAGAGGGUGCGUGAGCUGGAGGUAAUCGACAAAGACAGGACGGCACAACUCAUGAACUUAUAAAAUUCACAAAGUAUAUUAUUCUGCACAUACAAUAUAUAACACACUAUGAUGUUAGUUUUUCAUUCCUCGGUAAAUAUGGUCUGUUGUAAUGGUUAGUGAGCAUUAGAGAGUUCUGGUGUUGAAUAGUGGCGAGUAACUCCCUUUCUUCGCGUAAGGAUUGCUCUUCCUGA